CUGACAGGGAAUCAAGCUAAAUUUACGACCUUCUCGCCUGGAUUCCAAAAGGCAAGGACAUCAACGCAGACACGGAGCAGCGCUCGACACAGAGCGGACAGGAUAGAAAGGUUUCUCAGCUGCAGUACCAUCCAGCUUCCUUGAAUAGUGUGCUUAUCUCCUGUUUGUUGACUGUCAGCCACUCCGUCCUCCGCCCAAAAUGGCUGACGGUCUGGGAGCUGUCGCUCAGAUUCUUGAGGCGAGUUUAGACCCCAGACAGAACAAGCAAGCCGAGAUUGCUCUUCGUCAAGAGGAGAAGAAGCCAGGCUUCUCGUUGUCGCUUUUGCAAAUCACAGCCUCUGCCACCUAUCCUUACAACACCCGUCUUGCAGCCGCACUGUGCUUCAAGAACUUUAUCAAGAGGAACUGGACGGAUGAAGAUGGGAACUACAAGCUCCAGCUCGAUGAGGUGGCCACCAUUAAGCGGGAGCUGAUUGCUCUGAUGAUCUCGGUUCCACCAGGAAUCCAGACUCAACUGGGAGAAGCAGUCAGCGUGAUUGCUGACAGUGAUUUCUGGGAACGCUGGGACACGCUGGUUGACGAUCUCGUCUCUCGGCUCGAUCCUACCAACCCUGCCGUGAACAACGGCGUUCUACAAGUUGCACACUCGAUCUUCAAGAGAUGGAGGCCUCUGUUCCGGUCAGAUGAGCUGUACACAGAGAUCAACCAUGUUUUGCAAAGAUUUGGAAACCCGUAUCUUGCGCUCUUUGAGGGUCUGGACGGCUACAUUGAGCAAAACAAGUCGAACAAAGAAAACCUUACGCAGGGGUUCACCCAACUUAACCUGAUGAUCAAACUGCUGUACGAUCUAUCCAGCCAUGAUUUGCCUCCGAUGUUUGAAGAUCACCUGUCCGCGAUCGCGUCGCUUCUGCUAAAGUACCUCACAUACGACAAUGCCUUGCUGCACACCGACGAUGAGGCGGACUCUGGGCUUUUGGAAUACGUCAAGGCUGGUAUCUUCGAGGCGCUUACACUCUAUGUGCAGAAAUACCUGGACGUGUUCGGUCCUCACGUCCAGCAGUUUGUAGGAAGCUCCUGGAACCUCUUGACCACAAUUGGACAGGAGACGAAAUAUGACAUCCUUGUUAGCAAGGCUCUCCAGUUCCUUACCUCGACUGCUAAGAUGCCCGAACACGCGGCCGCCUUCCAGGAUGAAGCGACCCUUGGCCAAGUUAUCGAGAAGGUCAUCCUGCCUAACGUGAGCCUCAGAGAAUCAGACGAGGAAUUGUUCGAAGAUGAGCCUAUUGAAUUCAUCCGCAGAGAUCUUGAGGGAUCUGACAGCGAAACAAGACGGCGUGCCGCUACCGAUUUCCUUAGGACGCUGGCUGAGAAGUUCGAGGAGGCUGUCACCAAGGUCGUGCUCAAAUACACAGAACACUACCUCGCAGACUAUGCAAAGAACCCUGCAUCGAACUGGAAGUCAAAGGAUACAUCUACCUACCUGUAUUCGGCCAUUGCUGCCAAGGGAGUUGCAACGGCCAGUCAUGGAGUUACUAUCACCAACCGCCUGGUCAGCAUUACCGAUUACUUCCAGAACCACCUUGCGGCGGACCUGGUUGCAGACACCGGAGCCCACCCUAUCCUCAAGGUGGAUGCGAUCAAGUAUCUGUAUUCCUUCAGAAGUAUCAUUACCAAGGAGCAGUGGCAGGAGGUGUUGCCCUUGUUGGUCAAGCAUCUUGCUUCUUCCAACUACGUCGUUUAUACUUACGCCGCUAUCGCAGUUGAGAGAGCGCUAUAUCUCUCGGAUGCUCAGGGGCAGCCGAUAAUCGCACCGAGCUCUAUCACACCGUUGGCGAAGGAUCUCCUUGAGCACAUAUUCCAGCUGAUCCAGAAAGACCAGGCCCCUCAAAAGGUGCAGGAAAACGAGUUUUUGAUGAAAUGCAUCAUGCGGGUUCUGAUUGUGAUCAGAGAUGGCGUCAUCCCGCUCACUGAUACUGUCCUGCAGCAUCUGAUCAACAUCACCCAGAUCAUCAGCGCCAAUCCCAGUAACCCAAGGUUUUACUACUAUCACUUCGAGGCACUGGGCGCUUUUAUCAGAUUCGCUGCCCCCGCGAACCCGGACAAGCUGGAGCAGGCCCUUUAUACUCCAUUCGUGGCUGUGCUUUCCAAUGAUGUGCAAGAAUUUAUGCCCUAUGUCUUCCAGCUUUUCGCUGCCCUGCUGGAAGCGAACCGUUCCGCAACUCUUCCGGACUAUUACCAGAAUCUAAUUGCUCCAAUCCUCAUGCCCGUGAUGUGGGAGUCAAAGGGAAAUGUCCCCGCUCUUGUUCGCUUACUGUCUGCUAUCAUUCCUCGCGGUAGCCAGUUUAUCAUCCAAAACAACCAGAUCGAGCCUGUUCUCGGAAUUUUCCAGAAGCUCAUCUCUACCAAGGCCAAUGAAAGCUAUGGAUUUGACCUACUAGAGACCGUUGUUGCUUCCUUCCCUCCGACCACUCUAGAACCAUAUUUCAUCUCAAUUAUGCAGAUCAUUUUGACACGACUGCAAAACUCAAAAACGGAGAACCUCUCUAUUCGAUUCGUCCGUUUCUACCAUUUCAUCUCUGCUCAUGAUGACAAAGGCUACAGCGCAGACUUUUUCAUCCAGGUCACCGACAAAGUGCAGGCUGAGCUUUUCACGCCCAUCUAUUUGAACGUCAUCCUUCCUGAGACGCAGAAGCUUGCUCGCCCGCUAGACCGGAAGACGGCCGUGCUGUCGCUUACGAAGACGUUGGCGAACUCGGAAGCGUUCGCAAAUCGGUACAAGAAGGGAUGGGGCUUCACCUGCGAGGCACUUCUCAAGCUCCUGGAACUCCCCCCUCUUCCCAUAAGCAAGGAUGAUAUGAUCGCGGAGAAUGACGUGGAUGACAUGGCCUUUGGUGUUGGAUUCACGCAGCUGAACACUGUGCGACCGCCGGUGAGAGACCCGUGGCCUGAGACCGGAGCGGAUCUCAAGGCGUGGGUGGGCAAAUAUUUGAAGGAAGCGGACCAGAAGCAUGGCGGACGCAUUGCCGGCUUCGUGGAGGAGCGACUGAACGCUCAGGCAAAGACCGUCCUUCUCAGUUACAUGACUGCAUGAGCUUCCCUGGCAGGAGUAGGUCCUUGUUGACCAUCUGAAACUGUCAGUCUACAUUUUUACGGGCUAUGAGAAUACGGUAUUGUGUGGAAUUUUGAGGGCGGCGGAUGAUUUCUCCUCUUUGCGAUGUCAAGCACGCCGAGGAAAAGCAUCGAGCGAGGCUGGACUUACAUGCUUUAAUGACCAAACUAGGCAUCACUCAAAGUUCUAUCGUCCCGAGAGCAUUCGAAAAUAAGACAAAAAGUUAUU